AAUUGAUAUUGGCAAAUGCCUACAGAACACUAUUGCAUGCAUGUCCAACUAAAACACACCCGUGAUUUAUUUUAUUAUAUUAGUAAGACUAACAUUAGUUUUUAUUUUUUUUCAGUUGUGAUCUUGUAUGUGAAUUGCUAUAGCGUUAACUUAGCCACAAGUGUACAGAAUGUUUUCACAGCAGCCAAACUUGUAGCAAUACUUAUUGUUAUAUUAGGAGGAGCGUACAAGAUAAUCGAAGGUAACGUGCAACACCUUCAGCACCCAUUCAGAGGCACAAAAUACAAUUUAGGAAACAUCGCGACCGCUUUUUACACCGGUCUUUGGGCUUACGAUGGAUGGAAUAACCUGAAUUAUGUAACAGAAGAAAUCAAAAAUCCUUCAAAGUAAGUAAAUAUCAUCAUUAUCAUAAGGUCGUCAGUCCUGGUUGGACACGCACUUCACU